CGAUGCUUGGCUGUGUCUGACUUUUAGUAGUUGCACUUUGCAGAGUAACUGAGGGUCGUUAAUAAACAGGAUAUUUGUGGGCUUUGUGAGACCACGUAUGGCUCUUAGACGGUGUUGGAGGUUUGCAGGCGUCGUGCCCCGGCUCCUGUGGAACCGCCCCGUUCUGCCUGGGUCUUCCGUCCGGGGAGGACGAAGCCUUGUGUGCACUAUUGUCAACACUCACCCCGGCUGCAGAAACAGAGGCUUCAGUUCUGGGCCGCAGAGCACGGAUGUGACCUACGAACAGCUGAAGCAGAUCCUGGCUGGCCGCAGCGCUGUGGUCAUAGAUGUGCGGGAGCCGUGGGAGCUGCGGGAGUAUGGCUUCAUCCCCGGAUCCAUCAACGUGCCCCUGGGACAAGUGAAAACAGCUCUGCAGCUGGGGCCCGAGGAGUUCAAGGAGAAGUACGGUGGUGAAAUGCCUCUGCGGACAGAUAACAUUGUGUUCAGUUGUCUGGCAGGAAUCAGGAGCAAGGAGGCAUUCGACACAGCUGGAUCACUGGGAUAUAAAGGUGCUCAGAAUUACCCUGGAGGAUGGAAAGACUGGGAGAAAAACGAACAGCAUAAGUGAUCCAAGGAUAUCGGGGGAAAAAAAAGAAACAUUUUAAGCUGCUUUUUUUAAAGCGAGCACAGAUUAUUGUCAAGAGUGAGAGUGUGUAGCAGAAAGUCUUGUUAAGCAUCUUUGCAGGCUGUUCUUUCGUGGUUUCAAGAACAGUGAUUGAAGGUUUUUUUUUUAUAUAUUAUUACCAUAUAUUAUCAUGUGAGAAUCCCAAAGAGUGGAAUCAGAGGGCUUAACAAACACACGGCUACUGAAACUGUCAAAACCACAGGAAUAUUACUUGAAGUUACAUGUAAAUUUGUUUCAGUGAGCCUUUACAGCGUAUUUAAAAUCUCAGAAGUAACACAACUAACCUCAAAGAAUGUACAGAAAGUGCUAAUGAACAUGUCUCCACAUUAUCUAUGCAAAAGACUUCAUAACUGUGUGUGAUUCACAGCCUUGUACUGCUUACUAUGAACUGUUGCAACUUUUCAUUCUGCAGUGUUGUAAAUAUAAAACAGCUUGACAGUCAAGUUCAAGAAUUGCCAAUAUUUAACUAAAAAUUGAACACUUAUUUACUGGGAGAAUGUUUGUGUUGUUUUUCUUACAUGUGAAAGACAAGUCAUCUGAAUCAAAAGGUUGGGAGACGCAUUAAUUUGGAUAACUUAUAAAUAGACACAGAGAGGCCUGCUGCGGUGACAGCAGCAGUGUCAGAGAUGAUCUACUGUGUUGCAGCGCCGUGUCUAAUAUCUCCUGUGUCUGGGUAUGAAUUUGCCACCAACGCUCCAGGGAACAUUAACAGGUUCCUUCAUCAUUUGUGACAAUGAGUUGGUCUGUUUUCAACAGAGAAGAAUGCCUCCGCCGCAGCGCGUUGACCUCAGACACGGACUUUGUUCAAUACCUCGGCCCUGUUUUACUGCUCAAGGUGAAAGUACAAACAGAAUCGGCUCAUAAUAACUUGAACUCUUGUUCUUUCCGGUGAAGCUGACUCAAGAUUAUCAGAAAAGUUGAGAGCAGCUUGUUGAUACUGAGUCACCUCCUACAGAAGGAUGCUGACGCAUGAGUAAAUGCUUUGCGUCGGAGGUGUUAAUACUAUUGCUACUCACAUUGACUGGCAUGUAAGUGAGGGAAGCCUCCUUUUUAAACUAUUGUCUUUAAGUUCUCAUGAUUAAUUUUUUACUUGUGAAAAACAAAAUACAAAAUGAGCCAGAAUCAAUGUGAAAUUAUGUUCUUUUAAACACAAGUUUCCCAACGCGCUUCAUUUAUUUCAGUUUUCACUCUAUUUAUGGUUUGUGCCGAGAGUUGUUUAUUUCAUACUCUUUUGUACCCCAGAUGAACUCCUUAAUAAAGCCCUUUGCAUUUCUGUUUUUGCUUGGUUUGACUAAUAAACCAUCACCCCAGACUGUGAUUCACACCAACCAAUGCCAUGUAAUUAAUUUAAUGACAUUUCAGUCUCCAUCUUUGUUUAGAAAUGUAAAAUAUAAAUCAAUAAAGUCCCUUUUAAUGUGAA